GAUCAUGGCUCCUGACAGAAGUGACGGUGUGGCUUCGUGUGCUUGUAAAGGCAUUCGGCGGUGUCUCAUAUGUGAAGAGGUGAAGGGAAAAGGACAGUUAGAGGCGAAAGGAUCAAAGAUUGUGCAUCAUUUCAUCUACAACCCUGAGACAAGGCUUGCCAUUAGCAGAGAUGCUGCAGCUGCAUCCUUCCCAUUUCCUGGUGUCUUCCUGUUGGAGAACUUCAUAUCAGAGGAGGAGGAGGAAAAGCUGAUAACCUCGAUGGACCAGGAUGUGUGGAACGAGUCCCAGUCUGGUCGAAGGAAACAGGACUUUGGCCCAAAAGUUAACUUUAAGAAAAGGAAAGUGCGCGUUUGUGGCUUCAGUGGACUCCCUGCUUUGAGCCAAACACUUGUGCUCCGAAUGCAGCAACAGCCAAGUCUAGCAGGCUUUCAACCAGUGGAGCAGUGCAAUCUGGAUUACCAUCCUCAGCGAGGCUCUGCCAUCGAUCCACACCUGGAUGACUCCUGGCUGUGGGGGGAACGCCUGGUCACCAUCAACAUGCUAUCAAACACCACACUCACUAUGUCCCUUGAACAGGGUCUGCCAGAGUUGGGACUAGCAGAGGAAGUCCACGUUGCUGUGCAUCUUCCUCGCAGAUCGUUAGUGGUGUUACACGGCGAGGCACGGCACAGAUGGAAACAUGCCAUUCAUAGGGAGGAUGUUCAGGCGCGCAGAGUUUGCAGCACCUACAGAGAGCUGGCUGCAGAGUUCCUACCUGGAGGCCAGCAGGCGGAGCUGGGAGCUCAGCUGCUGAACAUUGCUUUGAGCUUCCAGGGAACGCCAAUAUAGACUAAUGUGAUGAUGCAGAGGAAGGCCGGGAUGCAGACUCCUCGAACAUUCUAGAGCUUUUAAAGUUUGGCUAAGAGGAAUAAAGCCACACUACUUGCCUAUAUAUUGCGUAGCCUUUGAAAUGGCAUUUUGUCUUGAAUUGUGGACUUGUUAUAGUGGACACUAACGUGUAAUAUGAUCUUUUGGCUGUUUUACUGAGUUGGCCCCAACUAAUGUUGCAUCUUUGAUUCUGUCUGUCAAAAUCCUGUCCAAGGCAAGUUAAGAGGCCAAAAGCUGUUUCACCUUUGAAUAGUCGAUACUGCUCCUGAGAAGCGAAGCACUGAUUGAUUCUGCACCUUGAAGAGUGGAAUGUAGCACAGAGGAGAACUGUCCUCCAAAAUUAGAUCAAAAUGCAAUCAGAUAAAAAAGAUGUGUUUUAAAAAUAUUACCAUAGUGGGUGUAAGUUGCUAAUUGAGAAACAGAUGGGUAACAGAAGUGUCUCAGUGAGUUAUGAUCCUCCAGAUCAGCGUCAGUGCUCCUUCGUUUAGAUUCCUUGGAUCUGUAUUAGUGGGACAAACACAAUUUUCCUGAAGGAUAUUCCCUCAUUUGGUUUUUUGAUGUCUCCCAUUGAUGACUGUGACGGCCAUAACGUUUGAUUCAUAUAUUUUUAUUGUCAUUUUUCAGUGAUAGUCAUAGCAGUUGAACCUACAGAAUAAUUAAAGUUUGGAUAAUUUCCUGAAACUUUUACACACUGUGAAACUGCUGAGCUUUCCUGUGUUUAAUGAAAUGUUUCAUCAGUUUAUACGUGGCUCUCUACAUCCUCUAAACAGCUAAUGUGAUGACAAAAUAUAACUGGAUGAAUUAUAAUUCAAACACAAAGAUAGAAUUUUAGAAAUGAAGUUAUUACGUUAUGCUUUUUUCAGACUGUUCUUACUGUCCUUCACAUGCAGUUAUUGUUGUUACGGACAUGAAUGUGCAAUUGAUACCACAGAAAUGUAAUACAAAAUAUUUAUGAUAUUUUGUAUUAUUGGUUAAAUUAAUUGGCUACAAGUCAUGUAAACAAGUCUAUUAUGCACAAAAAUGGAAUUAAAAAAAAACUCUCACAGCCACAAACGUGAAUAAAAAAGAUGUGUCACCUGCAACAAACCUGCAAAUUAAGAUAUUAAGGGGUUGUCUUUCAUUAUUAUUUCUCAGUUCCUCAGUUUUUUUUCAGAUAAGGGCCAAGAAACAUGCAAUGUUUUAUAAUAAAAAAAAGAAAAACAUUUCUUCCAUCCACGCUUUGCCUCACCUUUUGUUUGAUGCAGUAUGUUGCUUUCUGCUCCCUGCAGUUGUGUCUGCAGCUGGCCUGUCGCAGAUUUGCUCCCAACAUCCAGCAGUGUGUUCAUGCUUGGCUGUGCCUUUGCUGUGGUUGCUCAGCUGUAAUGUGGCCACACAGGAGCACUGCCGGCUCCAGCUGGUCUGAGGCUGAGCUGCUCAGCUGCUACAGCACAGACGAGCAUCACAGGAAAGAAGCCUCUGUUGAUGUGAAGGUCAUCCUCCUGCUGUGCUGCUGUAGCUCACAUGUUGUCAUCCACACCUUAAAGGAACAUAGCUGUGAUGAUUCAGAUCAUUUACUACUAAUAAAGUAUACUUUACAAGUGACUAUUCAAUUCAUGUUAAGGUGUUUAAGAUUUCUGAAUUUGUUUUCUCCAGGCUGCCAUUGAUUUUCACCUCUUAACAAACAGCCAUUCAUAACUACAGGCAGUUUAUAGCUGCCGGUUUAUACAGCCUGCACAAUAAACCUGUGGUCAUGAACUAACUGGCU